CCACUGUCCAUCAUACUUCAACAAAAUAGACUUACUAGACCUAAUUACAUAGAUUGGAAAAGAAACCUAGACAUUGUUCUUACUGCUGAAAGCUAUAAAUUUGUACUGACUGAGCAGUGCCCUGAAGCACCUACUGGUGAAUCUACCCAAGAGGAGAUUGAAUAUCAUAGGAAAUGGGUAAAAGCAGAUGAGAUGGCGCGGUGUUACAUUUUGGCUUCAAUGUCAAAUGUAUUGCAACAUCAGCAUCAAGAUUUACCAACAGCCUAUGAUAUUAUGAACAAUCUCAAGGAACUCUUUGGUCAUCAGGAUAGGGCUUCUAGGCAAGAAGCCAUGAGAAAGAUAAUGACAACCACCAUGCAAGAGGGUACUCCUGUGAGGGAUCAUAUCCUAAAGAUGAUGGCUUAUCUGAACGAGAUACAGAUCCUUGGAGGAGAAAUUGAUGGGGAAACCCAGAUCGAUAUGAUCCUCCAAACACUACCUAGAAGUUUUGAGCAAUUCCGCCUGAAUUACAAUAUGAACAAAAGGGUAUAUUCAUUGGCGGAACUACUGACAGAACUUCAGGCAGCAGAAGGAUUAUUUCGUCACAAUGCUCAAAUUCACUAUGCUGAAAAUGGUUCUACUUCUAAACCGAGAGGAAAGAAGAAGAAGAAAGUAGGCAUCACCGACGAUCGUGUCCGUCACGGCGUGGGCGGUUUACACGGUGUGAUUGAAGAUGACAGCGUGUGCGGCGUGCGCAAGGUGCACGACGUGAGGACGUGUGUAGUGGCGGAGAAAUCGAUAGCUAGUCAUGAUUUACGACAACAUGAGCUUUGGGAGGAGAUUAAGGAGCUUGAUUUCAACCCUACCCAGAGGAGGAUCCAGAUAAAUCUUAAGAGCAUUCAGAAGAUCCUAAAGAUCCUCCAGAGGAGGAUCCAGAAGAAUCUGAAGAGCAUUCAGAAGAGCCUGAAGAUCCAGAGGAAGAUCCAGUUGAAUCUGAAGAGGAUCUGGGAGAGUGUGUGUGGGAUCCAAUUGAGAACCUUGAAGCUAUCCUGCCUGUGA